AUGAUGACGGACGAAACGCCCCACCCCACAUACGUACGCCCGACGAAAGAAGAGUUCGCUACCCAAACACCAACGGGCCGCGACGAAAACCCACACCUGAAACUCAUCGCAGAGCGUCCAGCCCCGAGACCAAACACCAACGGUGAGAACCCGUUCCAGAGGAUUCAAGGCGGGACCUUCCCGGAGCACCAUAUCAGCUCAGAGAGGCUGCUACGCGGAGUAUCCCAAGAACAAAGAGAGACGAUCGAGAAGUGGGGGGUAGGGAAGACGAUUGCACUUGUAUUUGCUGUGGGCGGCCAACACCUCUUCGACACCCUGAAAGACGAGAUCGAAAAAACCGUCAAACUCUCCCUCUCUGGAAUAACAAAGAACGUACCCAUCUACUACUACACCCCAAUCCUCGACUCUGGGAGCAAAAGCGGAGGGAAAUACGCGGACCCCAUGGUGGCAUUCCUCAGAUGCGACGACCCGGCCACGCACACCGCGAUCCUGGCGGAACCGUUCAUCGCAGUCAAUACCAAAAUCGCCUACUGGCCGUCAUCCAUGGCAGAAAGGCGCAGCUGGACCGUGAUGUACAUGGAGCUCUCAGCAACGACGAACAAGGAAGAGAUGAAAGGACAAAUCCGCGGAACAGUCCGGGAGGUGAUGCAUACCGACGAAGAGAUCGCCCAAGUAAUCGACCGAAUCACCCAGAUGGAGCCAGGCCCACGUGAUGAACGCAUCGACUCUCUGGCGCUUAGCGUUGACGCCCAGUACCUGGACCACGAAUCGAAGCCAGUCAUUGUCAUCUACAUGGACAGACGCAAAGGAUCCGAACCUGAACAAGAAACCCUCGGCGAACUACUCCGCAAGAAGGUCUAUGUCACCGACGCCAUCCAAUACAAACCCAUCGUUGACAAGUUCACGGGGAAGAUCCGGGAAUGUGUCAUAUGCAAACUGGAUGACCACCCCUCCUACCUCUGCCCGUUCACCCGGGCCAAAUGGUGGGGACCGCCGGACCAGAUCUCCGCGCUUCCGAAAGAUCACCCCCUUGUCGAGAAGAACAAACGUGAAGGGGAUGGAACGGAAGAAGCCGAGGAGGCUGGAACAGAGGCAGAGGAUGGUCUGGGCCUGGAAGAAGCCGCUCACUGCAGACCCGGAGCGCAACCCGACCCCGCCAAAUCUACCGGCUGUACUCGCAAGAGUACAGGACGGGAAACGGGGGAGGGAACGCGUAUCUCGAUGGUGACCAAGGUCACAAUCGAGAUGCGCCGCAACGGCGGGACCUAUUUAGGUCGGAGUCCGCCGGUCGGCAGUCCCGACAUGCACAAGGCAUUGGCGAAGUCUGGAUCGUAUCUCACAUUCGCUACCGAGGGAUUAAAUAACUCAUUACAUGCUCAAAACGAGCAAACCACCACGGAUGAACAUGCGGCUGAACGGGCUUUGACGACCACGGAAUCCAGAGGGGUCCGAGGCUCUGCCACCGGCCUGGAGACACCCGAGGAAAGAAACCGUGUUGGAGGGGAAUUGGCUAACCGUCGUCCGGAGGCUACUCGGGACGGAAGCCACACUCCCAACGGGAACGGCGCCUACCAAGUAACCGAGGAUGGACCUCGGGGCGCAACUCUGGACGCAGCAGGCGGACCAGGGGACACCAACAGAGGUGUUGACGCACAACAGACGCGUCGGGCCCAACAGGAGACCCCAACCCAAGAUGAACAUGGGGCCGCUACCGGCGAAAGCGUCAACAGGACGCAUGGCGACCAUGAAGAGGUUAGACCAUCAGACAAUAACAUACAAAACGGCCACGCAAGGCCAAGUAACACUCGUGACACGAACCGAACGAACCCUGACAACCCCGAACCAAGAACGCAAGAACACUCGAAGAGAAGUAAGAAAACCAUGAAAGCGGCCAUGAAGCUGGCGGGACUUAACAUACGUGGACACGGGAACACAAACGUCCACCACCCAGACAACAAAUGGCUUGGCGUAUGGCAAAUAAUGCGUGAAGAGAAGAUCGCAAUCCUGGUGAUCGGAGAAGCACACAUGAAUCUGGAACGCAAAAACGAAAUCGACAAACUGUUCGGCAGAAAGAUGCACCUGGAAUUCACAGAAGCCCCCGGUAACACAAACUCCGCAGGGCUAGCCGUAGUAAUGAACAAAAACAUGAUUGCAACAGAAGGAGUCCGAACGUGGGAGGUGAUCCAAGGAAGAGCGAUGAUACUCGAGACAAAACACGCCGAUGGAAGCCCACUCUCGGUACUCGGGGUAUAUGCCCCGAACGACGCCGCAGCGAACCGUAAGUUCUGGGAAGAAAUAAAUAAAUACUUUGACGACAACCCGCGAGUCCGCAAACCCGACACCAUGAUCGGGGACAUGAAUAUGGUCGAAGGGGCAAUAGACAGACUCCCCACGCACAGCGACAACAACAACACAGUAAACGCCCUUGACGAGCUCAAAAUACGACUCAGAAUCAUCGACGGAUGGAGAGAAACGUACCCGGAAACUAGAGACUAUACAUUCAGGCAGCCCGCAGCCCUAGGCGGCUCCCUCUCCCGCAUCGACCGAAUCUAUGUAAAGAGAGACACAUUCAGCAAUACAUUUGACUGGGGAAUCAAACGAGUAGGGAUAGAAACAGACCACGAUAUGACAUGGAUGAAGAUAACAACAGAAAGGGCGCCAACAGUAGGACGAGGACGUUGGGCAUGGCCAGCACACGUAAUCAAAGACAAGGUCCUGGCAGAAUACAUCCAAGAAACAGGGAUGGAACUAGAACGAGAACUGAAAGAAAUCACCGCAAGCGAAGACAGACGAACCAGAGACCGGAAUGCCCAAACACUAUGGGCCGCUUUCAAGUCAAAGAUAGGCGGGAAGGCACGAGAAAGAGCAAAGACGCUCACGCCCAAAAUCAUCCAAGAGAUCGCCGAAUUGGAACUAAAGCUAGAAAAUAACCAAACUGCAAAAAAAGAGAUACAACUCUAA